GUUCCUGAACAUAGGAACUACUUAGCUCCUUGUAGUUUCCUUCCGGACUCAUAACAGAGUGACACGCAAAUUGAGACGAGGGAAAACAAUGCCGCCGGCCGCCAAGUCAGCGUUAGUCCUGUGCAUGGACGUGGGGUCUUACAUGUCCAGCUCCGACCAGGAACCUCCCUUCGAGCAGGCCAAGAAGGUCGUUCAGAAGUUCGUUCAGCGUCAGGUGUUUGCAGAGAAUAAGGAUGAGAUGGGAUUGGUGUUAUUCGGCACAGAAACUACAGACAACCAACUGGACCAUGAUGGCCAGUACCAGAACAUCACCGUCCACCGCAAGUUAAUGAUUCCAGACUUUAAGCUUCUGGAGGAAAUUGAGCAUCAGAUCCAUCCUCAAAGCCAACAGGCUGAUUGGCUGGACGCUCUUGUCGUCUCCAUGGAUCUCAUUCAAAAGGAAUUACCACUGAAGAAGUACGAGCGUCUCAGCAUCGCCAUCCUCACUGACCUCAACACCCAGGCCAACCCAGAGCAGCUGGACGUCAUCAUCAGCAACCUCACCGGCGCUGGCAUCACACUGCAGUUCUUCUUACCAUUCCAGGUCCUGGAAGAGGAGGAGGAGGAGGAGGAGGAGGAAGGAGAUGAGGGUGGAGGAGACGGGGUGAGUGGGGGCGCAGGCCGGUCGGGGUGUGUGAAGGGCCUGUCCCAGGAGCAGCAGAAGGGCCUGGAGAUCCUGAAGGAGGUGAUGUUCACCCUGGACGAGGAGGACGGCUUGGACCAGGUCUACACGUUCAGCGGGGCCAUAAGGAAGCUGUCCAUGUUCAAGAAUAUUGAGAAGAGACCCAUGGCGUGGCCCUGUCAGCUGACCAUCGGCAGCACCGUGGCCAUCCGCAUCGUGGGGUACAAGGCUGUGACUGACGAGAAGCUGAAGAAGAUGUGGACCACGGUGGACGCGCAGAGCGGCCAGCGGGAAGACGUGAAGAGAGAGACGGUGUACUGCCUGGACGACGACAACGAGACGGAGGUGCAGAAAGACGACACCAUUCAGGGUUUCCGUUAUGGAAGUGACAUUGUUCCCUUCUCCAAAGUGGACCAGGAGCAGAUGAAAUACAAGCAUGACGGCAAGUGCUUCGCUGUUCUGGGCUUCGCCAAACAAAACACGGUCCACCGCCACCAGUUCAUGGGGAAUCAGGCCAUGAAGGUGUUCGCCCCCAAGGAUGAUGAGCACGCGGGUGUGGCGCUAUCCUCCCUGAUCCGCGCGCUGGACGAGCUCAAGAUGGUGGCCAUCGUGCGCUACGCCUACGACCGACGCUCCAACCCGCAGGUGGGGGCGGCAUUCCCCUGCAUCAAAAGGAAGUACGAGUGUCUGGUCUACGUCCAGCUGCCCUUCAUGGAGGACCUGCGCCAGUUCACAUUCCCCUCCCUGGAGAACAAGAAGUCCAAGCCCUCGGAGAGCCAGCUAUCUGCGGUGGAUUCCCUGAUUGACUCCAUGAUGCUGGUGAAGGAGGACGAGAUGGGAGAAGAGGUGGACCUGUUCAAGGUUCACCACCUGCCCAACCCCUCCUUCCAGAGGCACUUCCAGUGUCUGCACCACCGUGCGGUGCACCCUGACUCCCCCCUGCCCUCCAUCGAGCCCUGGCUGCAGGCAGCUCUCCAGCGCCCCCUAGCGGUGGCAGCGUGCUGCCAGGCGCCGCUGGAGGAGCUGAAGAAGAGCUUCCCCCUGAAGCAGGUGGAGAAGAAGAAGCAAUUGAAGACCAGCUCCCAGAUCUUUGGCAGAGGGCCAGAGGAGCCUGAUGCCAAGAGGAGCCGGGAGGAUGAGAAGGACUUCAACCUGGCAGACAUCUCAGAAGGAACCGUGACCUCGGUGGGCAGUGUGACCCCCGCCAGAGACUACCGCUGUCUGGUGAAGUUGAAGAGCCUCCCAUUCGGAGAGGCCUGCCAGCAGCUGACUCACCGGAUAGAACAGUUGCUGGGUAACAAGAAAACAGCCUACUACAUGAAGUGCAUCACCUGCGUCCAGGCCUUCCGAGAGGAGUCGGUGAAGCUGGGGAACGCUGACCUGUACAACGGCUACCUCCAGUCGCUGAAGAGGAGCAUUCCCUCCAGAGGUCUGGCCAUCUUCUGGGACCUGCUGGUUCAAGACGCCAUCACUCUGAUCAGCAAAGACGAGGUGGAAGGAAGCACUUUCUCCAAACAAGAAGCCCAGCAGUUCCUGGUCGCCCAGGAGCGGAGGGAGGCUGCGGACGUGGCUCCUGCAGUGGAGGACCCCGGGGACGUGGAUGACCUGCUGGACAUGAUGUGAGAGCAGGACGAGGGCUGGGCCUUUUAAAGUGCCUCACGGAGGAAUGCGGAGAAGGUGGAUCUCCAGCCCCUCCCAGCCGUCCCCCAACCCAACCCCGAGACCCAGACUAGGCUUUAGAUGCUCGGAGUUAAGGCUCAUUCCAAGCCACUGCACUACUAGUGCUGUUGGCAUCAUCUUCUUUGUUUGUAUCUUUUUGAUGUUGAAAUGUCUGCUUGAUCCUAAUUCUUUUUGGUGUGUUUUGGCCUAUUUCUCGAGGCAUAAAGAUUCUCAAUGUUGAA